AUGACCACAACAACAGCCCAAUCCACCUCCACCUCCGCCACUCCCCCACCCCCACCCACAACCUCAACCUCAGAACCACCCCCCCGCCCCCGCCCCCUCUCCGCCCACCAAGAAGGCCAAAUACGAGACCUCUACUACGCCCGCGUCCGCGGCCUCUGCGCGGAAGAGAUAAAACGUUUUACCCCGCUCACCUACCCGCCUUCCUUCUCCCCCCGCUCUGAACUGGGUCCUAACUUGAUCUAGAAUUCGUGGAGUGCGCGCGAAAUCGCACGGUGUCCGCGGCGUGGGCGUGUCGUGAUCAGCGGAGGGGGAUGAAUAGUUGCAUGGUUUCGCACGCUACGCAGGAGAAUCGUGAUAUUGCGAGGGAGGAGUGGCUUAGCAGGAGGGGGGUGGUGGAGGUUGUUGGUAAGGGGCGUGGGCGUGUGGAGGGGAAGGAGGAAUGA